CCUUUGCGAUCUGUCUAUAAUCUGUGACAAUACUGACGUAAGAUUCAUUCAGAAAUGAAACUAUUCAUAUUUUAACCUAUUCAUAAAAUUUGUGUACUAUAUAUAUGUAUAUUAGAGAGGACUCGUGUGUACAUUUAUACACGUGCAUAUAUUCUUCCCAAAUAACACAUUGGAAUUGACAAUUGUAAACGUAAACGCAUGUUGGGCCAUAAUAAUGGAAUAUCUACAAGAAAUUUCUCAAUAUUUAUGUUCUAAUGCACGAUUGGAUUUAAAGAGCAUUGCAUUGAAAUAUGUACUUGGUACGACAGCAACUGCUGAUGGUCGAGAAUUGCUGUUGAAGUUACCAGAAAUAUUAAAACAGCUUGUUAUUCUCAUGCAAGAUUCUUCCGAUUCUAUUGGAAAGGAUGCUGCGCUGGCAUUAGUAAAUAUUACUGGAGAUGAGUCAGGAACUAAUGCAAUGCUGAUUAUCUCAGUCAAGCAAUUCAAUAAGGAUAAGGAAUACAGUCUAAAUUUAAUAGAAGUUUGUAUGAGAAAUAUAAUGAAUAAAUCCAGCACUUUGGCAGAUCCAUGUUGCAUGAUACUUUCCAAUAUGACUAGACUACUUUAUUUAGUGGAUCGUAUUAUAGCACUCAUUGAAAAAAGUGGUUAUACCUGGGACACAAUAGUAGGUGCGUUUACUGCUAAACAAUAUAAUACUGCAGGUGCUAAAUUACACUAUCUUGGACCUGUUUUUAGCAAUCUUAGUCAAUCAUCACAUGUAAGAAGAUAUUUGAUGGAUCGAGAUCGCUGUGUUAUACAACGAUUUUUCUCAUUCACAGAGUAUUCUGAUAGUGUAAUCACACGAGGUGGUGUUAUUGGUACUUUGAAAAAUUGUACAUUUGACACGGAAAAUCAUGAAUGGUUACUGAAUCCAGAAGUGGAUUUAUUAUCAUAUUUAUUGUUGCCGCUUGCUGGUCCGGAAGAAUUCGACGAUGAAGAUAAUGAUAAAUUGCCAAUUAACUUGCAAUAUCUUCCUGAAAUAAAGACUCGAGAACCUGAUCCGGAUAUAAGACUUAUGCUCUUAGAGGCAUUAAACCAACUUUGUGCAACGAAAGUGGCGAGAGAAAUAUUGAGGGAAAAGAAUACAUAUAUUAUACUUCGAGAACUGCACAAAUGGGAAAAAGACAAAAGUUGUUUAUUAGCAUGCGAAAAUGUCGUAGACAUCUUGAUAAAAACCGAGGAAGAAAUCGGCUUAGAUAAUUUGAAGGAAGUAGAUGUGCCAUCCGAAUAUGCGGAAAAGUUUUGUAAGAUAAGUAAAGACUUUAUUAACAGUACAUAGUGCAAAAAUUGAUAUAAAUAUACUAUUUUGUAAAUAUUGCACAAAAUACACAAUUACAACAAUAGACAUACAUAUAUACUAACGAAAAUGUAUUUUCAUAACACAUUCGACUCUUUGUAUUAUACUCAUCAUACAUAUUGCACUGCCCCAUUUUAAAUAAUAAGCUAUCAGGUUCAACACGUAGCAAAAAA